UGGGUCUGCAUGAGGUGCAGUUACUUUUGCACUUUUAUCAGCAUUAAAGAAAAAACAAUGCUAAGCGUGAAUAUAUUCUAAUUAUUUCACUUAUGGGUAGUAUCAGGUCAGUCCAUAAGUUCGUGCGUUUUUUAAAGGGGGUUGUAAAAUUAAUAAAAAAGAUGUUUAAAGUAUUUAUUAAUCAAUAAUAUAUUUUCCUUCAUUAUUUACAAUGUCUUCCCAACGUUUAGGCAAAUUUUUAAUUCCCUGCUCUAAAAAUUGUUUGUCCUUGGAGCCAAAAUACGCUUCGACAUCCCUAUUUAUAGCUUCUUUUGAGGAGUAGUUCUUGUUACUCAUAUGGGAUUGAUGUCCACGGAAAAGGUGAUAAUCACAAGGUGCAAUAUCCGGAGAGUAUGGUGGAUGCGGCAUUAGCUUCCAUCCGUGCUCGUUCAGCUUGCAUAAUGUUUGCCUUGUGGUAUGAGGUCUUGCGUUGUCGUGGUGAAACAAAACUUUGAGUCUAAAGACGGUCGAUUUUUGUUAAGUGCCUCAUUCAGGUUUGAUAGCUGAUGGGAAUAAUAAAAUCAGCAGUUAUCAUCUGGUUUGGUUCCAGAAGUUCAUAAUAAACAAUCCCACCAAAUAGACAGGAGAAUCUUCUUAGGGUGAAGGCCAUCGAUCUUUAUCUAACCAUUGGCGUUUGCGAACAGGAUUAUUGUAAAGGACCCAUUUUUCAUCACCAGUAACGAUACGGUUAAAAAAACUUUGAAACCUUUCCCAACUGAACCAGAUGCCUGUGAACUGUUCCAUGCGAUGAAUUUAACCUCUGAGCCAUCAUAUCAACUGCCAAAUUUGGCUCAGCUUCCACGAGUUCGAGCAAGGCGUCGGAGUUAAAGACUUCAGGACGACCAGCGCGCGGGGCAUCCUCCACGUCGCAGUUACCACUUCGGAAUUUUGAAAACCACUUUUGCGCAGUCCUUACACUCACGGCAUCCUCUCCGUGAACUGUGUUUAUUUCUGCAGCAGCAGUUGUUGUAUUUUUACCACUUUUAUAAAAAAAUACAAAAUAUGCCUCUUAUACGCGUUCGAAAAUUACAUUUUAUUUUUUAACAACACGUGCUUCUAUCCGCGAUUAAAAUCACUUGUUGAAUGCACAAUAUAUCAAAGAAAAUAUAAAUAGUUCCGUUAUAUUCCGCGAAUAGUUUUGUGUAUGCAAAAAUCGUACAAAAGUUAAAUUAUGGGUAAAUUACGCACGAACUUAUGGACUGACCUGAUAGUUAUAAAUAUCUGCUAUCUAAUAUCUUUUGUCAGCAUUAAAGAAAAAACAAUGCUAAGUGUGGAUAUAUUCUCAUUAUUUCACUUCUGGGAAGUAGUUAUAAAUAUCUGCUAACGGAUAACUAAAAAUGUGACAUUUCGUAUUCGUCUACGGACGCUAACACAUGACAAAUUUCCUUCCAAACGACACACUCGGCCGCUCGCUCAAUUCAUUAUUCAUUCGCACGCGGUCGAUUGAUUCAGUGAUCGACGGUGGCCUCGCAGCUUAGGUAUUAUCUUAACAGAACGGACUCUUGCGGUUACAUACAAGUACAUAAACAACAUAAACACAGCACGUCAUUAUGAAGGAGUGGUUGAGAAUUUCAUGCCUAUUGUGCAUAUGUGGCUUCGUACGCGAGAUUCGUCCUUCCGAGUCAUACAUAACGGAGUAUUUGCUAAGUGGUACCCGAAAUCUUACACAGGACGAGCUUAGCCGUGAAGUUUAUCCUGUUGCAACCUACUCGUACCUGUCGACACUUGUGGUAAUAUUUCUCAUCACGGAUUUUCUUAGAUACAAGCCCUUGAUCAUUGUAAUGGGUGCUUGUGGCACUGUGGUGUCUUCUAUGUUGCUCUGGACCAAAUCAAUUGCCGCACUACAAACACUUGAGUUUUUCUACGGUCUUUAUAUGGCCACUGAAGUGGCUUAUUACACUUAUAUUUACGCCAAAGUAGAUAAACAAUAUUAUCCCAAGGUCACCGCGCACACACGAGCCGCUAUGUUUUUGGGCAAGCUAGUCGCUGGCUCUUCCGCACAGAUCCUAAUUAAUUUGAAGCUAAUGACCUAUAAAUCUUUGAAUUACAUAACAUUAAGCACUCAAAUUUUUACCAUGUUGUGGGCCUUCACUUUGCCAAAAGUCGACAAAAGCUUAUAUUUUCACCGAAAGAAUUACUUCGAUAAUGCACAGUCAACGUCGGUUGUAGGUUCCUCAUCAACGGAUUUGCAGGACACAAAAUCAAUUAAAAGUGGGAUCAGUGAAAAUAUAACCCCAACCGAACCAUUUAAGUUGCUCUGGUCACAUUUCUACAACGCCUAUAGCAAUUUGAAGGUGGUUCAAUGGAGUAUUUGGUAUGCAGUUAAUUUGGCUGGCUACUUACAAAUCAUUUCAUAUAUUCAAGUGUUGUGGAUAGAAAUUGAACCGCAUUCGGAAAUCGCUUGGAACGGUUCUGUAGAUGCUGUAUUGACUGCAUUGUCGGCGCUGAUGGCUUUGGCAGCUGGUUAUAUACAUGCCGGACGUUUGAAACCACUGCAGAGUUUAUUGGUCUUAUCCAUUUUUGCGGCACUUGAGGGCGGUGCAAUUUUACUCUGCUGUCGCACAUCUAAUAUUUAUGUUUCUUAUGUUGGUUAUAUUCUUUUUGGAGCAUUAUAUGCCUUUAGCAUAACAGUUGCCAGCUCCGAGGUGGCACGUCACUUAGAAGAGGAAAGUUUUGGAUUAGUUUUUGGAGUUAAUACAUUUUUGGCGCUCAUAAUCCAAACGCUGCUAACGAUAAUAAUUGUCUCAAACACUGGUUUUGUUUUGAACACACGCGGUCAGUAUACUGUGUAUGCAUUUUACUUCAUUACGGCGAGCGUCAUCACCUUAUUUUUUGUGGCUGUGGAAUACUUAGUAAGCAGAAAAUCAGAAAAUCACACAAAUUUAGUUGUACAGUAGUUUAAGUGAUUGUUACUAAAUAAAAUAUAAGCAAAUAUUUAUGAAAAAAGUUGGCAUUGUCUACAUCUUUACAGUAGACUUUUAAAUAAAGUGAGGGGCUUCCCUUCCCUAAUAAUA